AUGGCUAACGACUACCCAUUUGCACCGCCUGGCCACGCCGGCAAGGGACACCCAGCCUACGACAACCGCAACAGAGGCUACAACAAAGGUCGAGGCAGCUACAAUGGCGGAAGAGGCGGGCGCUCCCAGAAUUCUGGCAACUACGGUCCGCGCGCUGUCCCAGUCCCAAUCCAGGUACCAAAUCCCAUGGCACCAUGGGCUCAGAAGUAUGGCCGCUACACGCCCGGGCAGUCGCCUCAGUUCUUCAUGCCGCUUGCUUCUGCUCCAUGGAUGUCGCCUGCCAGUCCUUACUCGACAUACUCCGGGAUGCAGCCACGCGCUUUUUCAACAUCUUCUGCUCCGCAUGUGGGCACUCUCGCGCACACACCCAUCGCUACGCCUCAUAUCACUAUACCAAAGGCAGCCAUCAUGUCUUCAGGUCCAUCUACAAAGGGAAACGGAAACUUGGGCAACUCUAGGACGAACGGAAGUGGGUCGGGCGCGAAGAAUGCGGAAGAAUGCGAAGAACGCGAAGACCGAGACGACCGAGACGACCGUGGUACGGGUGAGGGCGCCUCCGACGCGCUUCACAUCCACGCACCAAUCCCAAAGCGCAUUCACAAGUUGACGCCUAAGCAUCAUCAUCUGCCAGGUGGUACGCCAACCGCCCACUCGGUUCUCAGGGAUUUUAUCCCCUAUGAAGGCCAGAACUCUGUCAUGGACGCGGCCCACAACACACCCGAUGCUACGGUCAAGCUUCUAGACCACGAUUCUCUCAUGCAGCUCCAGGUCUUCAACAUCACCCUAGCCCACAAGUUGCAGCGAAAGCUGGAGGAGGCGAAGAUGGCCCGGCGAGAUGGACGAAACAUUGCGCGAGACUCUGAGCGGAACCACGUGAAGACCGUUCAGCGACUGGAGGAGCGUUUCUACAGCAAGAUGCAGGAAGCGUGUAAGCUAAGUGGAGAAGCCAAGAAGAACGGCAUGAUCGCAGCUACUACGCAGCUCAAGGCUGGGCCGGACUUUUCUCGAUUGGCAUUGAGGAGUGACCGCAACGAGCUGAACGACCUUGACAAUGCGCGCGCUAUCUCGCGGAACAAAUACUCGGACACCAUCCAUGAAGUGUUGAUGCAGGCGUUGGGCGGAAAGGCAGUCGGUCAAGCCGACCAGGUGGAUGCUGCGCAGAAGAAGACUUCCGUUGUCAGCAUGGCUCCCGCUCAGGACGACAGGAAGGAUAGUGCUCAGAUAGCACAGCUAGCCAAGGAUCAGCCCGUGUUCGAGCGCCAGCCUGAGACCGAGCACCAGAGCAUCAACGAGGUGCUUCACCGCACCACCGUCACUGACGCGCCGCACGAAUCAGACAAGACUGGCUACGUCAUCCCCCCAAAGUCGCGGUUCGUCGACUCAUCCACAUCCUUCAAGCAAUCCACCAACGACACGGAGCUCGAGGCGUUUCCAGACUUUUGGGUGCCCGAGAAGAUACGCGGUCUGGCCCCAGUGGGCGACGGUGCGAUGCUUACUGCUCAAGUUGAAGCGCGGAAAGAUGAUGUAGCCAAGAAGCAGGAAGCGAAGAAUGGAGACGCAGUCAAGAAGCAGGACACAUCCAAGGACAAGGCACCCAACACCAAGACUGAGAACAAGACGCCAGCACCUUCCGCGGUUCCCAAGACCCAGGGAAAUGACAAGUCGAAGGCACCGGUCGUUUCAAAGCAACAGCCUAACCAGUCCGGCAAUCAGGGUACCGGUAAGGUUCGUAAGAAGAACUUUCGGAAGAAGGGUGGUAAUGGCGGUGCUGGAGGUGAUGGUAAAGACAAGGGCGGAGGUGGUGUGGGUGGAAGUGGUAUGGCGAAUGCAGCUCCCAAGACUGGUCAGGCUGCAGGUGAUGGCAAAGAUAAGGGCGCUGGCGGAAAAGCAAAUGCGAUUCCUAAGACUGGUCCGGCUGCGGGCGAUAUGCGCAAGGGCGGUUGA